AUGGGACAAUCAGGUACCAUUCUAUCAUCUCUACCACUAUUCGCACUUUUACCUUUCCUCAGCCACGUACAAGGAAGCUACUAUGACGAUUAUGCCAAUAGCCUCGACACUUUUCGCACCGUCAACGCAGGCCCCCUGACAACUGUCUUCACACCACCCGCUUCAUGCCUCAGCACUCAGACCGCAGUAACAUACGGGCGCCCGUACUUGCUAGUAGGAUGCGAGGGCCCGUAUGGGAAUGAAUGCUGUCCCGACAACUGGAAAUGGGAUCGAUAUUUCAGCCCGGGUCAGUGUCCAUCCGGGUAUAAAACAUGUACACUGCCUACAUCGACGCAGAGAUCUGAGACCACAGCGAUUUGCUGCCCAAGCGGAUUUGAUUGCGGCGGCAAAGACACCUGCAGCAAGACCUUCAACUCGUACUCGACUAUCACCUACACGGACCCAACCCUCUCUGUUGUAACAUCAGUCUAUGGGAUCACCGCCACUCCAAUCCAAAUUCGCUUUCGUGCCUCCCAAUCCGACCUUGUGCCCAUUCCCACGGAUUCUCUCGCACUACCAGAAGAUCACUCUCUUAGUAAGAAGGAGAAGAUUGGCAUUGGGAUCGGCGUCCCCGCUGCUGUAGUGCUGCUGUCAUUCGUGGCAUUCUAUGGGCUUCGAUAUUAUCGGAGAACGAGGGCAGGCAAGACGCCGAUACAAGAACCACUUGGGGAUAACUUGUCAUAUAAUAACGAGCCGCCACCCGCAUAUGAUGGAUCAAAUCUGAAAUAA